AGAAUCUCAAGGAGGAGAUGUAUACAGGCUACAGGAAGAUAAUACAUCCUAUGUAUCUACAGAAACACCAGGGAUAAAUGCUGACAACAAUCAACCCAGAGAAUAUUUAAUAAGUAAGGCAAAUGCUGAGCAACGUUUUAAUGAAACAGUGGGAGGGGAAUUCACAAAGACAGAUAGAUAUCAGCAGCUCAAAGAAAACAAACAUGAUUACAGUAAUGUGUCCUCACAGGAUAGGUGGAGACAGACAAACAGCCAAGACACAGAAAGUCUCAGUCUGAAAGCAGUCUCUCCAUGGAAACAAGAGAUAACUGCUUCAGUGGAAAAAAAACAACAUGCACAGGCUUACCAAAGAGCAUCUGUGAUAAAGGAAGAACUAAAUUCACCAAGAGACAGAUACAGAGAAGAAAUCCAACCAAAUAUAAAUAAAGAACUCGAGAAAAUAGAGUUGAGGGAGAGUUUGGGUAUUGGAACAUCUUCUCAUAAAAAUGUUGGGUUGGUCAACACUAACAUUUCAAACCAACAGCAACUAAAUUCUCCAUUUAGUAAUGGCACUGUAGAAAAUCCAGCCUAUCAUGGACAACAGCAACCUGGAGCUCUGAAGUAUAACAAUAAGGAAAAUGAAAUGAAAGACCAUUAUUUCACACAGAAUUAUAACAGAUAUAGUGAUCAAGAAUUCAGAAACCAACACACAUUGUAUUCUAAUAAUGAUAAAAGAAUACUCACGCAAGAAGCAGUUCAGAGAAAACAAUACAUGUCAAUUCAACAGGCGUUUGAAACGCAAAGUCUACAGCCAACAGAAGCUAAAACACAGUUUGAACAGAAUGUGCAUAAAACAUCAUUAUAUAACCCUGACAAUGCAUCUGCCACCACAAUAGCAAACCAGGUAAAAGACAGAAAGUUUGUUGAGGUCAAGGCUGAACAGCUUAUGGCAGAGCAUAUAAAAGCACACACCCAAGCAGAGCUGGCAAAGGCUCAGCACUGGGCUCAAAUGGAGCAGCCCAAAGCAGAGUCUGCUAGGUUAAUUUUAGCAGGGCAGACUGGUUCAGACAAAGUCAAAGCAGAAGAGGCCAAAGCAGAAUUAACAGAGUACCAGAGAGUAAACCAAGCAAAAGCAGAAAAUAUUAAAGAGGAUAAGAGAAAAGAGGAACAGUCCAGAGAAAAACAACCAGAGUGUGCAAGAGAGGAACAAAUAAAGGCAGCGCAAUCUAGAGUAAAAGUAACAGAAGAGCCUAGAAAUAUAACAGAGGAAGUAGGGGCCAGGCACUUGAGAGAGGAGCAGGGUGAGUGGGUCAAAGUAAAACAAGCUGAAGCAAAGAGGCUAAAAGAAGAACACAUGAAAACUGAACUGGCAAAGGCCGAGCAGGCCAAGCAGGAUUGCUUGGAGCGAGCUAAACAUGAACAUCCCAGUAGAGUACAGAUCAACGCAGAAAGAAUUGAGGAAGAAUGGGUUAGAGCAGAUCAAAAUGAAAGGGAUCAAAUGGAGGUGGACCAAAUCCGAACAGAAAAGGUUAAAUCCGAUCAGGCUGAAGCAGAGCAUACAGAAGCAAAACAAGCUAAACUAGAGCACACACAAGAGCAACAAACUAAAGCAGAACAAGAGAAUACUGAUGGAGCUGAAGGGGAAAAGGUCAAAGCAAACCACAUUCAAGUUGAGGAUAUUAACCAAGAAAAAGCUGAGGACGAUUCAAUUCAAGCGGGUCGAGUAAAUGCAGUGCAACCUGUAACACAGAUAAGUAAAGCCAAAGAGAGAAAGACAGAGCUGGCACAGUUGGAACAAACCAAAGUGGAGCUAGCUAAAGCAGAACUGACAAAAACAGAGAACAUGCCGGAUAGGUCAGCUAAACCUGCAGCAAAAUUAAUAGGGACACAACAGGUAGAAAAUGAGCCAGAUAAACUUGAACAUGUUAAGACAGAGUUAGCAAAAGCUAAAGCAGAAUUGGCUAAAAUAAAGGAGAAAAUGAAAGGAGAGCAAAAAGAGAAAGUCAGAAACAGAGUUCUUACAACUGAAGACGGGAUUAAGACAGACGUUCCUAUGAAGGGAAAUAUCAAUAAAAAGGAAGAGUGCAAAGACCAAGACCAGGCAACACAAAUGCAUAAACAAGGGGAAGACUCAGUUGUUGUCAGCAAGCAGAAUUCAGAUCAAGUUAGUAGAGGGGCAGAGUAUGAGCGACUUAGAGAGAAAUAUGGUUUUAUUGAUUCAAACUUACCAAACAGAGACAAAGUGUUAAAUGAUGCCAAUGAAACAUCAGCUUUAUCUCUUGACAAAGUUGAGACAACAAAUAAUGAGAAAUCUGAAGGUAAUUCCAGUCCUACAAGCAGAGUUGCAAGAGACAAUACAGAAAAUAAGGAGGGAGUGGGCAGUUUUAAACCCAUUGAGUUGACAGAGAGUCAGUAUGUUUACAGUGAGUCAUCCAAAGAAUUCAAACUUUCUGAUAGUAAUUAUUUUUCCAUCAAUGUAGAUAAAAGAGAAAAUAGUGACACUGUUUCUGAUAAAGUUAAGGAUGACAAUGUUGAAAUGUUUGACCCUCUGAAACAAACUGGUAUUUCACAUCAAAGAGACUCUGAUUUGGCUAAACCACCCCCCCUUGUAAGAAAGCCCAGGUCAUCUGAGCACAGUUUAGGUCCAGGUAAAGAUACCCCUUUUACCCCUCCAAGAGCACUGUUCCAUAAAGAGAGAGCUCAGACCAAGCAGGAGAUUCUGACUUCCAAGAUAAAAGCUCAUGCUGAAAAAGAGAUUUCAGCUAUUAAAGAAAAGGGUUUUGCUGUACGAGACGGGUUUACAUCCAAAACGUCUAACAAGCAAUUAGCAGGUAAUAAUAUACGACAGAGGCCACCCUCACAGGAAGUGUCUAAAAAGCAUGAAAGCACAAUGGCCAGUAACAUUACAUUAAAGCACCAGAUGGAGCCUUCAGGAAUACAGAUGGAACCAGGCAAGUUUGUUCCACUUCCCAGCUCUGCUACAAUACCAGUUAAGUCUGCAGCAACCACCAGUCAGUUUCAUUCCCAGAAACAACUUCACAAAGAACCAACGAAGAGCAAUGACAAUCUGCCAAAACCCAGAGAAGCAAAACAGAUGGAAAGUUUUAUCAUGAGCACAGAUGACGGAUUGGUAGAAAAUCAAAGGAAAGAGAAUCAAUUUGGAAUUGAAUCACGUACACAAAGUAAAGAGCAGGCACUCAAAAACAAGCCAGAAACAAAGGAAGCAGAUAAAGGAACAAUACUUGGAAAGCAGAAAGAGGGACUUAAAGACAACCUUGUCGUAAACACUGACCAUCUCAACAAAAAGAAACAGGAUUCUCCACAAGCUACAGCUCUGGUGGAAGCUGAAAGCUCCAAAGCUAUGCCAAUAGAGAAGACUGAGAGUAAACAUGAAGCAGUUCAUGAGGACUCAGCACCUUCACUGAGUCUUGCCUUUGGUCAGAAUGAGACCAUUGUGGCUAAGGACAAAUUGCAGAUCAUGGGAAUAUUGGUAACUGUACGAGAAAGAAAGCCCUCUGUGGACAACGGUCAGAGGAAUAACAACCCUCAAGAACAAAUGAUUGUAAAAGAGAAAGAGUGCAGUAAUUCAGAGCUAGAUGAAUGUCAUCCCAGCUCAGGUCUGGAAGUAGGUAAAGGAAAUACAUCUUCAAAGGAAGUUAGCAUGGUAAAGCAAAAUUAUGAAGUUGUACAGAACACUCACUCUACUGAGAAAUUGACUGUGAAAAGGACUAAUCUACAACAGGAGAGUUCUUCUAUAAAUGUAAGACCGCAAAUGAUAACACAGCUCAAAGAACCAUUGGCUGAAAAAGGUGUGCCUUGCACAAAUAAAGAGUUGUCUGAAACAAAUCCGCUUCUCUAUAACCAAGACAGAAUAACAAAGGAAACAAAAGACAACAGGAAUGAAAUACCAGAAGAAAACUCAGUAAAAAUCAUAAAGAAAGUUGAAGCAAAGAGUAAUACCGAAGGGAAAAAUCCAUCACAUGCCGAUGAGAACUGCAUAGCCAAAGUGGUAAACACAGCAAUUAGCAACACAAAUGAUUCAAACAGAGCUGCUGCUGAAACUCUGGUAAAACAUGACAUCCAGCCAUUAGUGAAAGAAGAUAUGACAACAGGCAUCUAUCCAUCCAAGAGCCGGGACAUUGAUAGUAAGAGUACACCAGUAGAAGAAAAGAGAUGUGACUCAACACCAUCAAAGCCAUUCAACAAAAUCAUUCCAUCUAACCAUUUAACUGAGAAUGAAAAUGCUCAUGUAUCUCCACAACAUUGUUAUAAAGAGACACACAUUGGAGAAAAUGAUCAAUGGGAUGAUGAUUUGCAUAUAGGCAGCAUUGCCAUCAGAGUUGUGCCAGCAGUAACUGAGAAGGACAACUUGAAAAUGGCAGGAAAGCAUCAUGUCAACAUCACCACUGUCCCGUCUGAUGUAGCUGCAGCUAAUGAACAUAAACAUGAUGCAUCAUCUAGUCUUGGAAAAAAAGUGAACACUUUUAACAAUGAAGACAGAACCAAAGACCUCAAUCCAGCAAGUAGAGAAAAGCAAACGGAGAACAAUUUGGAAGACAAAUGUGGAGUACAAUGUGUUUUGUCCAAUGUGAAAAAACUGUCCAAAUCACAAAAACUCAGUAAUCAACAGAACAGCACAAACACCACCAGUGCGAAUACUCAAGCUGAAAAUGGAAAGCCUGAAAAAGUAAAUAAAAGCGGGAAAUCAGCGGACGAAUCAACAAUAAGACCAAUGGUGGGAGACUACUUUCAAGUGCAAGGGGUCACAGAAACAAAUAUUAAAUCACACAAUCAUACUAAUGCUGGAGAUACGUCAAAUGCUGUUUCAAAGGGAAGGGAAAUUACUGCAUUAUCAUCAAACAAGGCAGUUAUCAGCAAUGAAUCUUGCAAUGAAGGAAAAAAUCAAGUAUUUGUCUUAGAUCAAAGUAAAAGAAAAUCAAGUUCAGUAAGCGUUCAAGAUGAGAACAUGAAAAAGAAAAACAGGGAACCAGAUGAUAACCUGGCUUCAAAACCGAGUGAUGUUCCCACAGAGUGUCGGAGUAAUAAAAAUGAGACAGAGGCUGGUCAAGCUGGUCAUUUCAGAAAACAUCAUACAGAGAACCAGGCCAAUUUAACAGCAAGGGAAGUACAGAGCUCAAGAAAUUCAAACCCAACACAGGAAAAUACGGUUAAAGAAAAACCUGAAGUUAAACCCAAACCAAAAGAAAGAGUAUCCACAAUACCUGAGAUAUCAGCAAUUGCAGACUAUGCCAGGUUAAAGGUAAUUGUUUCAGAAGAAGAGGCAAUCAAAAUUCAGGAAUUCCACCCCAACAAAAAGGAGGGAUUUUUUCCACUAAUACAAACUCGUCAUAGCAGACGUCCAAUGUUCACUGCUGACCAACAAGACUUCUCUGUAAAAGAGAAAAGUUUGCCAAAUAAGACAGAGGUCAGCUCCAAAGUGAACAAAGAGCCCAAACCCUUAGUAUUUCCCAUUACUGAGAGAGAACACAAGAGGACGGGGAUGUUUAAACUGGGAGACAAAGAAAGACAAGAGAAAAUGAUUUUAGAUGCCAAAGCCAAUGAAGGUGUAUUAGACACUGGGUCAAAACAUGCACAACAGCUCAAAGCAAGUAACAAGUCACCACCAAGUCAUCUUAAGAACCAGGGAAGUGAAGAACAAGUGACUGGAACUGAUCCCCAAAGAGUUCGACAAGUAGAAAAAAGUAUUCAUCAGCCAAACAAUCCUCUUAUGCAAGCAACAACCUCAUCUUCAGCAGUCAACAGGCCAAGAAGCACUUCUGUGUCACAACACCUAAAGCCACUUGAUAACUCCAAUCCACAUGAAAAACUUGUGGGACAAGUGUCCAAUAAAGAGGAAAGCACCACAACUCUAAAAAAAGAUGAGGAGAUUGAAAAUGCACUGGCUACGAUUGGGGAAAAGAGAACAGAAAAAAUGAGGCAAGAAAGGCUUGCAACCCGGCAUGAAGAAAUCAAAACACAACGUCAAAGUAGAGCAAAACAGUUUGAGGAAGAACAAGCUUCUAGGAUAGAAGAGGAGAAAAGAGCUGAAGAGAUGAGAGUAAGACAUAUGAUAGAGGAGAAUAGAGCUUCUGUUGCUGAAGAAGAGAGGAGAGCUGCUCAGAGAGAAGAGGAGAGGAGAGCAAGAGAGCGGGAGGCCAUUGCUAUUAAGAUCAAGGAGAAGCGGGAAAAACAGAGAGAAGCAGAAAGAAGGGCAGUGGAAGAAAGAGCUGCUCAAAAAGAAGAGGAGAUGAAAGCAAAUCAAAGAGAAGAAGAAAAGAGAAUGAAAGAAAUUAUGGAGAAGAGGAGAAUACAAAUUGAGGAGGCGCGUAAAGCAAAACUGAGAGAGGAAGAAGAGCAGAUAAAAGAGAAUGAGGAGAAGAGGAGGGUGAAACAGCUAGAGGAGGAGAGAGCUGCUGAAGAGGAGAUGCAGAGGAAAGCUGCUGAAGAGGAGAUGCAGAGG